ACUUUUUAAAGUCAACAAUAACACUUGGAAACUGCUGAUGAAACGUUGGUAGUUCGUGCUAAAAUUCUGCACUCUCAUCAGUCUCUAUUACGUCUUUUCUUUAAUAUUUCUGCUGUUAAUGUACAUUCAGGCAUGAAUGAGUAACUUUCGCGAAUUAUAAUAAAUUAACAACGGAAAAUGUCAGGAAAAAUGAAACUUCGCCUCAAAGGAGAGGCAUUCACUAAGCAAGUGAUAACAGAAUUCGAUACUAAUUGUGUUACAGUUUCUGAACUAAAAAUUCGUGUCCAGGAAAUUUUGCAACUGAAUGAUGAAGAAUUUGUAGGGUCAAUACAGUUAAGCAUGAAUGGAAAGCAAGCUCUUUUGGCAGAAGACACUGAAUUGCUUUCUCAUUUGGGAUUUGUAUCUGGAGAUGCAAUUUACAUUCUAGGAACUUCAGGGACAAGAGCAGCAAAAUCUCUUAAAUUACAUCAUGAUAGCACCCUUGAAAAUGAACAAACCAAUCCAGACAAGCCAACAGUUUCGUAUUCACUUCAUCAGCAGGAAGAAGCAAGUUUAAAUGCUACCGUCACAAUGACUCAGAAUAAAGGGGAUAAUACUGAAGAUUUAGAUGACAAGUGUGGGGCUAUUGAGAAACAUCAUGCACCUUUGUCAGAUACUCCAGAUCAGUUGAUUCCUGAAUCCUUUACAGCAUUGAUUGCUUCAAAUUCACCAAACCUCCUGUUUGAAUCCAAUCUUGAGAAACUAGCUUGUUUACUUCACAUUCUAAUGAUAGAAACUGGAUUUGAACCACAAACUAGCGAAAGCUGUUCAGACCCAUUUUGUACAUUACCUAAUUCAUGGAAGGUGACUAAUGAAACUCUGAGACUGAACUACAAAACAAGAUCGCAAUCUUCUUCAACCAUCGUUCUUUCAUCUAUGGGACCGCUUGUUAUUGUUCUUGGGAUUGGAUCUGCAGGAAAGAAUAUGUCGUUGAAACUUAAACCAAAAGAUUUCGUGCCUCCUGUAGGUGGUAAACAACUAAAGCAACUGUCAAUUGAUUUUAAGAAUGAAAUAGCUUUUCCGCUAUACGUUCACACCGAAAGAGAAGCGAAUGGCGAAUGCCCUGCGCAUUUGUCCAACAUGCCACCAGAAAUCUUAAGUAACAUACUUCAGAUGCUUGAUUUCAAAAGCAUAUGCAGAAUGGCAAUCACAUCCAGGCUAUUUCAGCAACUAGCAAGUGAACCUAGACUUUGGAAACGACUUGUCAUGAAGUAUUUGGGGGUAAAGUUAAUAAAGUUCUCUACCCACCCAGCGCCAAAUACCUUGAAUUGGAAACAAUUUUAUAAAGACGAAUAUUUACUUGAAAAGAAACAAAAAGAAGUGUCAAGAGAAAUUCGUGCCUAUACAACAAUGCCGCGGCUUCCUCUAUCAUUCUUUCCUAGUCCGCGUGUUUAUCCCGAUGGCAUGGGUGGACCCGAUUUUCCUGGUAUAGUGGGCGGCUAUUCUGAUUUAUAUCCAGAUUUAAGAGGCUUUGGACCACCAGGACGUAGACUUCCCUUUCACGAUGGAGGAGGAGCAGGAUUCCCACGACCUUUUAAUAGAUUCCGCGGAUUUCCACCAAUUUAAGUUUAAGGGCAAAGAGAGCUGCGUGAUCGGCGUGAUAAAAUCCUUUAUCACGCCGAAACGGAAAGCUGGGCAUAGCGUGAUGGUAUCCCUCUCACCAUGUUAAAUUUCUCUUAAGGGCGGGGCUGGGGGGGGGGUGGGUAAAUCAGCUCAUUUACUACUAAAAGGUCGACGCCACCAAACGGGUGUGUAUGCGUAACAUAAGUUAACGUAAUGUAAUAAGAAAAAAUUCACAAAACCAAAAAAAGCACCAACUAACCAGACACCAAGUUGGUCAGACGGUGUGAGUCGAAAUAGCCUGGCGGCUAUUGUACCCACGGCUAUUGUACCCUGCUUGAUAAUGACGUUACACGUGUCGUUCUUACCCACCCUCUAUCUACACCAUUGCAGACAUUAUUACGUAAUGUUCUCCGUGACCUUCGAUCAGUUCACAGCAAAUGAUUACUGAUCGAUUACUAUUUCAAUAUUUAGUUAUUUACUACAUAAUCAAUCAUUUUUUAAUCCAUUUUCAUUUGUUUAUUAAGUAAUAGUAACAAAUCACAUUCUAUUAAUCUGGAAUCCACAUCAAUAUGUCCCUGACUACAUCAAUUUUGAAAUUUGAAUCAUAAAAAAAAAUUCACACGAUUAGUACUUUUAGUAGCAUCAUAAUUAAGUUAAUUAUGAUAGUAUGGUUAAUUUAAUUCACCACACUAUUUUGACACUAAAUUAUACUAUUCUAAAAAUGAUAUUGCUAAUCAUUUAGAAGGAAAUAUUUUAACUUAAUUCAUUUAACAUAUUCAACCCAUUGAGAAAUAAUUAGAAGAAAGUGCAAAGGAAAGCUAAUAAUUGUGCCGCCACAACAUUGUUGACAUUUAUUUUCUUAAAGUGGCUUGAUCGAUUGUAACCAAAAUUGUGCAAAAAGAUUAAAGAGAAAAAAAAAAGAAUUGGCAAAAAAAU